AUGUCUGCCGAGAGAGAGAGAGAGAGACGGAUCCUUACCGACGGCAACGGCCCGGCUGUCCCGGGAAGUCGGGGCUCUUUCUUCCACCCCCAGAGAGGGAACAAAGGCGUCCACCGCCCUCCCCCAGCUCAGCGCGGCCGCGGCGAGCAGUACCCGCGGGGCGCCGCGGCCCCAAGCCGCCCCGGCCCUGACGGCGAGAAUGGCAGCAGGGGAGCAGCAGCGGGCAGCGUGCCGCGGCUGUUACAGCGGCUCGGCACAGCGGUUCGCCCCGCCCCGGGGAGCUGCCGGCGGGCGUUGCCCGCUCUUUCAGGCAGGGAGGCUCGGCCCGGCCCGGCGGCUACCUCGCUUUCUCCGGGCCGGGCCGGGCCAGGUCGGGCGGCAGACCAGGUCCGAGCAGCGGCGGUCACCGCGGAGGCCCCGGCCCAGCCCGGCCGCACGCGUGCGGGAGCCGCCCUCCUCCGCAGCCGGUUCGUGAAAUACCCGUUUCCCUGUAGCGAGCACGUACCCGCCAAGAAAGAAGAAAAGAAAAGACACAAGUCAUCUUCCUCGUCCAGUGACUCGGAAAGUUCAAGUGAUUCAGAAUCAUCUUCUGAUUCAUCAUCGGAUUCUGAGAGUGCUUCAGAAGAGAAAUCUAAAAAACGAAAAAAGAAACACAAGAAAAAUUCCAAGAAACAUAAGAAAGAAAAGAAAAAGAGAAAGAAAAGCAAGAAAAGCUCAUCUAGUGAAAGUGAAGAUGAAAACCCUGAAGCACAGCCAUUAUCUACUGUCCGUCCUGAAGAAAUUCCUCCUGUACCUGAAAACCGGUUCCUGAUGAGAAAAAGUCCUCCUAAAGUAGAUGAGAAAGAAAAAGAGAGGAAAAGCAGAGAAAAGGAAAGAGAAAGUAAUCUAUCAAAUUCACAGUCAACAUACCAGAGGAGGCUGUUAGUGACCAGAUCUGGAAGGAAAAUAAAAGGAAGAGGACCAAGGCGUUACCGGACACCUUCCAGAUCCAGGUCAAGAGAUCGAUUCCGACGCAGUGAAACUCCUCCACAUUGGAGGCAAGAAAUGCAAAGAGCUCAAAGAAUGAGAGUGUCUAGUGGAGAAAGAUGGAUUAAAGGGGACAAGAGUGAAAUAAAUGAAAACAAGAAAGAUAAUCAAAAAAGCCCAGGAAGAGGAAAAGAGAGAAAAAUAUCAGACCACAGACAAGUUUCUGAAAGUCCAAGCAGAAGAGGGGAAAAAGAGAAGAAAAAAGAUCACAAAUCCAGCAGUAAAGACAGGGAGACAAGAAGGAAUUCAGAAAAAGAUGACAAGCAUAACAAAAGCAAGGCCAAGAAAAGAGCUAAAUCUAGAAGCCAUAGUAAAAGCCGAGAGAAAUCAAAAAGUAAAGAGAGAGACUCUAAGCACAGUAGACACGAUGAAAAGAGAAUAAGAUCAAGAAGCAAAGAGAGAGACCAUGAGAAAGGUAGAGAAAAAGAAAAGCGCUAUGAUUCUAGAGGGAGAGAUAAAGAAAGAAGUAGGAGCAAGGAGAGAAGUAAAAGGGCAGGCUCAAGAAGUAAUGAACAAGACCAUAGGAAGAGUAAAGACAGAGAGAAACGUAAGUCAAGAAGCAAAGAGCGUGAGCAUGCUAGAGGAAAACAUAGUUCCAGCAGUAGAACAAGGGAUCGAAGCAAAAGCCGAGAUAGGGGUAGGAGAGGAAGAUCGAGAAGCAGAGACAGAGAUCGCAGUAGAAGUAAAGACUAUUCAAGGAAUAGAGCUAGAGAAACAAGAAGAAGAGGAAGAUCAAGAAGCAGAGAAAGGAGAGGUACACCAGAUAAAUACAGAGGAAGAGAAAAUAGGAGGAGGAGAGAAUCAAGGAGCUCAGAGAGGGAGGAAAGUCAAAGCAGAAACAGAGAGAGAUAUUCAAAUAGAGAAAGUAGAAGCUCAUAUAAGAGGAAUGAUACUGAAAGCCAAAGGAAAAGGCGUUCAAAAAGCCGUGAAAGUAGCAGUCCUGAAUCCAGUAAAGAUAAGAAGGCUAGUAGAGAUCAGGAUAGAAGUCCAGACUCAAAAAAGAGACCAAGUAGCAAAGAGAGAGAAUCGAAAAAAUCAUAUUCACGCAGCAGUAAAGAAAAGGAAAAGACCAGAUCCUCAGCAGAAAAAGAAAUAAACCAAAAAUCAGAGAGUCAGGAAAGAGAUCAUGCCCCUAGUAAGGAUAAAAAGUCUGAUCAUGAAACAAGUCCUGGAACAGAUGACGACAGGCACGGAUGAGUUUGUGGACUUAAUGUUUCCGUUGUCUCAAAGUUUUAGAGACAUUUUGGGGAACGCCUUUUUUUAAGAUGUGGACUUCAGUUUGGUCUUUUGAUAAUCUAAAACCUGGAUCAUUUGUACUGCUAAAGUUUUAAUAAACUUGAAAUGAAAAACGAA